CAAGUCGAAUACAAUCACGGAAGUAAAUAAUACCCAAUCAUGGCGGUUGACGGGCGUAAACUUGGAGAAUCUGUUUAUAAAGGAUCAGAUGAUUUUCACAGUUUUCCAUGUUCACCCUGUUCGAAGGAAGGUAAAAAUGUUGCUGCGGCGAAACACUGUGUGGAGUGUGAUGAAAAUCUGUGUACAUCAUGUGUCAAUGAUCAUAACAAGUUUUCCGCCAUGAAAGGGCACCAGAUGUUGGACAAACUGCAACAAUCGAACGUACAGAGACCGCUGCUGCCGAGCCAGAGGUGUACCAAACAUGGAGGAAGGGUAAUAGAUGUCUAUUGUCCUGAUCAUGACACAGUCUGCUGUUCAACCUGUGUCGCUGUAGAACACAGUCUCUGUCGUGGCACACAGUUUAUACCCGACGUUGCGAAAGAUGUAAGAAAACGCAAAGACCUUCAGGAUCUAGAGUCCAAGAUGACGAGUCUAGAGUCUCGACUUAGUACGUUGCUUCAAAAGAAAAAAGUUGACUUAAAAAAGCUAAGACAGAAUAAAGAUGAAAUACUGAAAGACAUUCGAGUGUUGAGAAAAAAAAUUAAUGACCACCUUGAUAAGAUUGAACAAGAAUUCAUUGAUGAAACUACAGUACUAUUCGAAGUGGAAAUGCAAAAUAUUGAAGCUGAUGAAAAGAAACUUGAAAUAGUACUUGCAGAACUCGCUAGAAGUCAACAACAGCUAAAGGCAGCUAAAUAUGAAACCGAUUCAGAAGUAUUUGUUCAAAUGAAGACAUCAGAUACAAGCGUAAAGAAAAUCCAAGAUUCAGUUGACAAAAUGGAGCAGAGUGGACAUGUUCCAGAUUUUAAGAUAAAAUUUGAUAGGACCUUAGAGUGUUUUCAAGACGAAAUUCGAGUAAUGGGAAAACUAACUGAACUAUCACCCAAUAUUUCGAUGACGAUGCAGAGAGAAUAUAAUUGCAGGGUGACAGGUGACAACAGGUGUGAUAAAUUACAUGGAAUCUGUCUGACAACUAGGGGAAAUAUACUUCAGACUGAUUUGUUAAACAAGAAACUCAAACAGAUAAACUGCACUGAUAGCCUUGUAUCCUAUCUGAAAGUGCCUGGCUCUCCUUUCGGUAUUUGCCAGAUAAGCGACGAUCAUUUUGCUCUUACCCUGUUGUAUGAAAAGAAAGUUCAGUUUGUCAAAGUCGAUGAACAGAUGCGCUUGUUAAACUCAUUUACUGUUGGAGAUAGAUGCCGUGGAGUAUUGUAUAACAAUGGUGUUAUUUUUGUCUGCUGUGGUGGAUGGGAAAAGCCGACAGAAGGCCCAGGUCAUAUUGAGCUCUACAACGAAGAAGGUGUAUUACUGAGGUCAUAUUUUGAAUCCAUCAGAUGUCCAAGCGGUUUAGCAUUUUCCAGUAACGGUAAAGAGAUGUGGAUUGCUGACAGAUACAAUGGACUUAUCAUUAUGGAUAGCAACGGCUGUCUUCUAUCGAAGAAUACAUUUAAGGAAUUGCAACAGCCAGAGGCUAUCUGCAAGCUUCGCGACGAUACUGUAUGCAUCAGCAGUGCCAAGAGCGGUAACCUUGUAACCAUAGUUGAUGGUAAUGUAAACAAAAUUCUACUCACAAGUACAGGGAGCAUUUUAGCCAUGUGUUUCGAUGAAAAACGUUCACAGCUCAUAAUAUAUAUAUACGGUCAUGAGAAGAUCAAAGUGUUUGAAAUAUAUCGUUAGAAGACGUAGUUGUCGGUCAGUAAAACUCUUUCUGCCAUGAUAAGACAAUGCCUAAUACGGACUGAUAUGGUGAACUGUGAUUUAAUUGUAUCUAGCAAAAUUGCCGACAAAGAGUCUGCUUACCAGCUGCAUUCAAAACCCGUAUAACGAGUUCACUGGAAUACAAUACAGACUUGACUCUCGCUUAUGGUAAACAAAAAUGCUGUAUAACCUUAGGACGGCCAGCACAUAUUUAUGCAAUCUCGCCAGGCAUAUGUAUGUUUUUGACAACACAGAAAAUGACGUCACUCGACCUUCAGCUAUUUCCGGAAGUAAAUAAAAUGAAAGUAGAAAUGCUAAACUUGAAAACGAAAGCCGCAUUUUGAUUCGUAGAUAGUCAGGGUUCACGCGCAGGGGUCACCCCGUCUAAAUGUAUGCGCGUGGACUUCUUUUUUUUUUUUUUUGCUAUUGGGGAGUCAAUUUUCAGCACUUUAUUACGAAUUGAAAUUACCUGGGCUUUAGUACAGCAUGUCAGCUUUUAAUCUAUGAAAAAAUAUUUGAGCUCUGGAUAAACAGAAAUCCCACAGGGGUCCGUAACGGACCAAGGGUACAUUGAUAAUUUUGGAAC